AUGCAAGGCAAGGAAAAGAAGGUGGUCAUGAAUGAUGAUGAGACAUUCGACAAUUCCAUGAAUCCCCCCAAGAAUUUCAAUGAAUAUGAGGUUGAGCCUCGGGAGACUGGCAUUCGGCACUCCGACGACACAGGAUACGACAGCAAGUAUCGUUCUCGUUCGCAUGCUCCACGAUUCCAAAAUGCCUCUCCCCAUCCUUACCAACAAGCUUCACAAUCGGGAGGUUAA